AGGUGAGUUGUGAGAAGAGAAACUGAGAAAGAUUGAAGGGCUGAAGAAGGUUUAACAUCUCAACAGCUUUGUUGGUGCUAUGAGAUGGACUGCUCAUCAAACUCGGUCACUGGGUGAAAAAAAUGGAGCUUUCAGAAACCCGCCAAGAUUUCAACAUCUCCCAUGGAAUACCAUUGGAUAGACAGACGGGAUUUGAAAUCUUUUAUCUGUUUCUUCAAGCCAUUUCAGAUUUCACUCUCUGUAUUUUUUGUCCAUACAAUAUAUAUAUGUCAAUCCCUACCUGUAAACUCUCUUAACAUUUCUUAAUUCUUUCCUCCAAACCCAAUAUAUAAGAAAACUCUCAACCACUCCCCAUAUGACGUCCCAGCGAUUUCGUUUCCACAAAUAAAGUCUCCUUCUUGGAUUCUCUGAGACCUAUCUUUCAAGACCCAUCUCCAUUUCCUCUUCCUGUGUUAUUCUCCCACACACCCACCUCUAUCAUCAUUCAUUGGGUUGGGUUCUCAGGGACGAAUAUGAAGGUUUCGACUUGUGCUUUGGUUUUGCUUCUUGCUUAUGCUUCUCUUUUGAGGAUUGGUGCCGAAGAGCUCGAACAGAAUCGACAGACGGAGCGAAUUUCAGGAAGCGCUGGUGAUGUUUUAGAAGAUGAUCCAGUGGGAAGAUUAAAAGUGUUUGUUUAUGAGCUGCCGAGCAAAUACAACAAGAAAAUACUGCAGAAGGAUCCCAGGUGCCUUAACCACAUGUUUGCUGCUGAGAUCUACAUGCAUCGGUUUCUGUUAAACAGCCCAGUUCGAACACUCAAUCCUGAAGAAGCUGAUUGGUUCUACACCCCUGUAUAUACCACUUGUGACCUUACACCCAAUGGGCUUCCUUUGCCCUUCAAAUCCCCAAGGAUGAUGCGAAGUGUGAUCCAGCUGAUCUCUACAAACUGGCCUUACUGGAAUAGGACAGAUGGAGCUGAUCACUUCUUCGUUACUCCCCAUGACUUUGGGGCCUGCUUUCACUAUCAGGAAGAGAAAGCUAUUGAACGAGGGAUUCUUCCUUUGCUCCAACGUGCUACCUUGGUUCAGACUUUUGGACAGAAGAAUCAUGUUUGUCUGAAGGAGGGUUCAAUCACAAUUCCUCCAUAUGCUCCUCCACAGAAAAUGCAAGCCCACUUGAUUACCCCAGACACUCCACGCUCCAUCUUUGUUUACUUCCGGGGUUUGUUUUAUGAUGUCAGCAAUGACCCAGAAGGUGGUUACUAUGCAAGAGGGGCACGCGCAUCAGUAUGGGAGAACUUCAAGGAUAAUCCACUUUUUGACAUCUCUACCGAGCACCCAAUGACAUAUUAUGAAGACAUGCAGCGUGCUGUUUUCUGCUUGUGCCCUCUAGGCUGGGCUCCAUGGAGUCCUAGAUUGGUUGAAGGGGUGGUAUUUGGAUGUAUUCCUGUUAUCAUAGCAGAUGACAUUGUGUUGCCAUUUGCAGAUGCAAUCCCAUGGGAGGAAAUUGGGGUGUUUGUAGCUGAGAAGGAUGUUCCAAGAUUAGAUGCCAUCCUUACGUCAAUACCGCCAGAAGUAAUAUUAAGGAAGCAGAGGUUGCUUGCUAACCCUUCAAUGAAGCAGGCAAUGCUUUUCCCACAGCCUGCUCAGCCAGGAGAUGCUUUCCAUCAGAUACUGAAUGGGCUUGCACGUAAGUUGCCUCACGACAAGAGCACUUACCUGAAGCCUGGUGAGAAGAUCUUAAACUGGACUGCAGGUCCUGGGGGUGACUUGAAACCGUGGUAGCAGCUAUGCCUUCUCUGGGAUGCCAUCAUUCACCCUUUUUUUUUCCUGGCCUUGACCUGACUCAAAUGCUGUUUGCAUCAAUUCUAUCGGGAUGCUGGCCUUCAUUUCAUUCAUACUGAGAAAAGUAAAUGUAAAUCCGCAUUUUAUUGAAAGCUUACUGAAAGCCAAAUCAGUACAUUACAAUUUUUUUCUUUCUUUC